AUGACCUCCAAAGAUAUUGAAGAAGCUGAACAAAUGAGAUGUGCUCUAUCAGCCAUAGCUGAUGAAGUUCAAAAGUUUCAGAAUGAAUCUUUAUCAUCUAAUGAGGCAAAUGAUAAAAUACUUCACAAUGAAAAAAUGUUUAAUGCGGCAUUAGUCCAAUGCAAAAGUACUUUAAAGUUAAAACAAGAACAGAUUAGAUUUCUUAGACAACAUUUAAAAACAGCAUGUGUAUAUGCUAAAACUCUGUCGGUAGCCAAAGAGCGUGAAACUGCUUCACUCAACAAUCAACUGAAUAAUACUAGAAGUGAAUAUUGGGAUUUAGUAAAACAAGAAAAAGAUAAAAAUAAAUUAAUUCAUGACUUGCAAGCAGAAAACGAGACCAUCAGGGAUAACUUACGAUACCUUAAUAAUUUCAUUCGACUAGGCUAUCGAGGAUUACAGAAUAUAGCAAAAGACAAAUUGGAAGAUUUCUCCACUCUAAAACAGUUACAAAAGAUUAUAUUUUUCUGUGGUCAGUACUAUGCUGAUUAUUGUAAUGAAACUGAAAAAUGCAGGCAACUAGAACAAAAAAACAGAUUCUUAAAUAGUAAACUGCGAAUUUUAGAAAGUCAUUUAGAAAUAGCUAUGAACAACCAACGAAAUUCUAAUGGGAAUGGCAAAUGUAUGGAUAUGCCUAUGAAACAAUUACCAAUAUCAAAACGACAUUGUUGUAACAGUGUUUGUGCUGUAAGUUCUGAGUCUCAAAUUGGACACCGUUGCUGCAUAAACAUGAGAGAAAUACAACUCAAUAGGCAAAUACUUGUAAAUAAUAAUAAAAAAAUUGAUUUAACCAGUCAUUUGGGCACAGUUAAAAAGCUCCUGCAUGAUCAGGACACUUUGCUAAAAGAUUUGAAAUCUCUUUCAAAUCAAAUAAAUGUUGAAUUGUGA